AUGGAGGGCGAUGAGGUUAUUGGCGCACCAAAGCAUCCCGACUGGCUGCAAAUGGUGCGCAUUAAGGAAGGGGAGGUUCCCCGCGUGAUCGCCUACGUUUCGACUAGGUUAUCCCGCUAUCGUCCCGCUAUGCGUCGCGACAUCCUCGUCCUCUCCCUCUUCAGCGGGGCCAUUGAGCACCUUGCUGCUCGUGUGCAUUCUUUACCACCUUUCAUUUAUAUGGCUGGUGACUUCAACUGCGUGUCACUUGGAUGGAUGACUAUGAGCAUCCGGGAGCAUCUCAGAUCGGCCUCGAGUGGGCACGACCUUCCAACCAUGGACCGACGAGGAUCAGUCCUAAUCCAAACCAGAGAUCCAACAUUGGAGCACGAUCUCCAGGCUAUUCCUGUUGCAGCCCCGGCAACCAAGGAAGGCAUUGAAGCUUUAGCCGAUGCUAUCGCGACAGCGUUCUCGGACGCAUGGCUUGCCCACUCGACCGAGUCCAAACCUACCAAGCGCUCCAAGUCCUGGUGGACGGACGAGUGCUCGGAGACAUUUGGAGUAUAUCAGCUGAGCCAUUCGCUCGCUGACUACAACAAGUUUAAGAAGGCGUGCAAAGACGCCAAGCGGGAUUUCUUUGAUGAACGCAUCGCAGAAAUCACUACCUCUCGCAAGCGCCCAUGGGACCUAAUGGAAUGGGUCAAACAGCGCAAGCUACCACCCUGUGAGGCUAUUUGCAAUGGCGACCAGCCUUGCCACGAUAUGGACGACCUCUGGGACGCCCUGCACGUACAACUCCUCUCGCGAUGGGCUGACUUCUCAGAGCAUGAGUUGUUGAGUGCCCUUAAGGGGUGCUCCAACUCCUCUGCACCAGGACCGGACCAUAUCACAUGGGUCCACCUAAAGGAGCUGCUCAAGGAUAAACACGUCCUUGCGCUCUUCAUCAUGCUGGCCAACGCUUGCCUUCGGGUGGGUCAUUGGCCACAUAUAUUCAAGGAGUCGCUAUCGGUUAUCGUUCCGAAGCCAAACAAGCCCUCCUAUUCUGUACCGAAGGCCUUUAGGCCGAUCGUACUCCUCAUCACUUUUGGUAAACUUAUCGAAAAGAUGAUUGCCAAUAGGAUACAGUUUGACGCUGUCAAGCAUGAUAUCUUCCAUCCCAACCAACUUGGCGGUAUUCGCCAGAGGUCUACUGAGGAUGCUGGAUUGAUUCUGACCCAUCUCGUGCGAGCGGGGUGGGUUAAGGGUCUCCAGACUAGCGCGCUGGCUUUUGACAUUGCGCAGUUCUUCCCUUCUAUCAACCAUGAGAUGUUCAUGGCUGUCCUACGCAAGCAAGGAUUCUCGCCAAUCUUGGUGGAGUUCUUUGCUUCUUACCUUGUUGGACGUUCCACAGUUUACUGUUGGAACACCUUCCAAUCCGACUCACGUUCUGCGGACGUGGGUGUCAGGCAGGGCUCAGCUCUCUCGCCUGUUAUCUCUGGGCUGUUCAUUGCUCCGGUAAUGAAGCUCUUCUAUAUCAAGGCGGCGCCACUUAACAUGACGCUGCUUUCCUUUGUGGAUGAUGGGACCAUUCUGGCCCAGUCCAAACAACUCGAUGAUAAUAAUACCGAGUUGUUUCACUUUUCGCAUCGACGAGAUGCCUACAAUCCCUCGCUGGAUCUGGGGUACGCCCCUCAUACCGGCGCCACACCUGUGAAGCCCAAGACCUAUUGGAGGUACUUGGGCUUCUACUUUGACCGCGGGCUCACGUUUCAUGAGCACGUUCGCUAUUACGCCACCAAGGCGUUUACCACCGUGCAGGCCAUGCGCAUGCUCGGAAACUCUACUAGAGGUCUCUCGCCUAAACAGCGCCGCCUAUUAUAUCGGUCGUGUGUAGUUCCCAUUGCCACAUACAGCUAUCGUCUCUGGUAUUUUGAUGGCGCCCGCAAUAAGGGCGCAAUGAACCAGUUGAAACAGAUGCAGCGAAAAGCUGCUCUAUGGAUCACAGGUGCUUUCCACACCUCUCCUACUGGCGGUCUUGAGGCUCUUGCAGGUCUCAUACCUGUCCACCUUAUGCUGAAGAAGUUGGCAACAUCAGUGCUCGAUGGCAGCCCGCUCGCUAUCUACAAACACGUACGCUACGCGGCCUGGGUACUAAGUAAACUACUAAAAGACGUCCGCCCCCCCAACCACGAGCCUGAUGGCUCAAACGCCGAAGCUCCUAUAAAGCCAGACCCACCUCGCGAAAACGGUGACGCGGGAUAA